AUGGAUCUCAAUCCCGUGGAUACACGACGGCGACCGGGGUACGAUUACCGCCACCACAUCCAGAUUGAUGACGGGAGGAAUAUGGAUUUGCACCGGCGUAUGCAGGGCCGGGCUCGCUGCCAGUUCGACUUCCAGUUUCAGACCAAUUUCAUCCUGAAACCAAAUGACGCCGGCGCCGGCGAGACCACCCUGUGCUCCGAGGCUUUCGUCGACGUCCCCUUCGACGGCGAGAACGAGUUCCAGUUCUUAUUAUGCUCCAGGCACCGGCUGAGGGAGUACUGGAUGCCGGAGGCCCAGAUCCAGGAAUUGGUCAGCGAGGUGUUAGAUUUGUGCCGAUCCAAGAUGUCAUCGACGGCGGACAGGGAUCCACGUGUCGUCCCCGUGACCGUGACGAUCGACGUCUGCACGGUGCAGCAGGACGGCGAGGAAUUGGACGCCGCCGUGGAUCGGGCGAUUACGAUUGAGAAUCUGCUGCCGGUGCUAUUUUUCGACAUCGAUCGAGUUCUCAAGGAGAUUUCAUUUGAUGCGAGGGGCAUUCCCUGUACGCUGGCGACUUUCGUCUGGGUAGAUAUGGAGAGGUUCAGAUUGGAGGAUGUCGAGUUGGGCUUGGGCUUGAUGAGGAGCUGCCCGAUAUGCGACCGGGCCCCCACACUCGGGGCCCAAUUAUCGACUAUAGUAUGCGGCCACACAUUUCAUUCCCACUGCAUAGUUGGGUCACUGCUUAAUAAGAAGAACUCGUGCCCGGUGUGCAAUCGCCUCGGGCAUGGCGGGCGUCGUCAGUUCCACGAGUUUGCGGGCGGCGAGGAGAGGAGGCGUGAUCCUAGGGUUUACCGCAGGGAUGCGUUUGUGGAAGAUGACAGUGACGGGAGUUUGACGACGGGUUUGGACGUAUCCCCGAUGCAGGUCACGAGCGCAGGCAUCGCGCCUCUCCACGCGAAGGCUCGGACUCAGAUUUCGAGGAGGAAGUGGUGCGCGAUCGUGGCGGGGGCGGUUGCGGUAGGGAUUUGCCAUGGCGAAGGGCAUUCGGAGGCGGCGAUGAGGCUGAGAGUUUUGGUCAGUGCCACUGUGACGGCAGACGCCCGAUAG